AUGACUGUUACAGUUGGCUUAGCUACUGUCACUAGCUCUAUUCGUCAUAAUAAAGUAACACUAAUUCGAGACAUUUCCCCACACAAUAAACUUGUUUACUACUUUUCAAUUAAAAUUUCAUUUCACUCCAAACGAAUCGAACCGAGCUCUGUUAUACCUGUCAAUUCCAGGUAUGGUCAUACGGCUACAUUUGAUCCCAGCAGAAAAAUUAUUUAUUAUUUGGGUGGUCAAGAAUUCCUGAAUGAUCCUGAUACUAUGACAUAUACGAGUACUUAUGUCGAUUUUACGAAAAUUCUGCAUUACAACACAGAAAUGGGCAUAUGGGACACAAAAAUUACAGGUGGCUCCGUGUUCCCAACAAACAGGAUGUUUCAUACUGCUAAUUUAGCUCAUGACUCGGACUGUAUAAUCAUAUACGGAGGUGCCGAAUCUGAUAGUAAUGGUGAUUAUACGCCAGUCGCCGACUAUUUAUAUACCUACAAUAUUGAAUUAAAUACAUUUGACAUUGUUCUUAUUAAAGAAGCACAAAUAGACGCUGGACCACGAUAUGGCCAUACAGCCGUUAUCGUCAAUAAGAACGCAUUAUUCAUUACGUCUGGCAUAAAUUCCACAUUGAUAGCUUCACCUGAUUCCUUUGUUCUGGAUCUCGAAGAUUAUUCCUGGCAGAAGAACGACUACUAUUUUAAUACCACGCCUAAUGACACUUUCAAAAGCUCAAUUAAUGUACAAUCCCAUGCAUUGUUAAAAAGAGAAAUUGGAGGACUGCCUGAUGGUCUUUUUGCUGCACUCAUGGCUCUUGUGUUUCUUUUGUUUGCUGGAUUAGCAAUAGUAUUUUGGCGUAAGUCAAAAAGAAACAAAUCACCUCCAAAAACAAAACCAUAUCAAGAAAGUCAUGGUAACAGAACGCACCAUGGCGGUGCUAUUAUUGGCUUUGGUGGUGUAGGCCAUAGUGGUGGUGGAGGAGGCUAUAAUGGUGGUGGAGGAGGCUAUAAUGGAGGUGGAGGAGGCGAUGGAGCAGUCUAUAGUGGAGGUGGAGGAGGCGAUGGAGCAGUCUAUAGUGGAGGUGGAGGAGGCGAUGGAGCAGUCUAUAGUGGAGGUGGAGGAGUCGAUGGAGGAGGCUUUAUUGGAGGUGGAGGAGUCGAUGGAGGAGGCUAUAUUGGAGGUGGAGGAG